UUGACUUCUUAGUGACUUGGUUCACUCAUCGGUGUGUGUUGCAGCUUACCUUCCCAUCCCUGCGAGAUGGCUUGCUACGACCUGUGCUCCACUGCUGUUGGUGGCAUCACCCGUCCCCAGCCCCUCGCUGACAGCGGGAAUGAGCCGUGUGUCCGUCAGUGCCCCGACUCCACGACUGUGAUUCAGCCGCCCCCAGUCGUCGUCACCUUCCCUGGCCCCAUCCUCAGCUCCUUCCCUCAGGAAUCUGUUGUGGGAUCCUCUGGAGCACCCGUCCUUGGGGGCUAUGGGGGUUACGGCUCCCUGGGCUAUGGGGGUCUGUAUGGCUAUGGGGGCUAUGGCUCCCUGGGCUUUGGGGGUCGGUAUGGCUAUGGAGGCUCUCUUGGUUACGGGGGUCUGUAUGGCUAUGGGGGAUCCUCCCUGGGCUAUGGGGGUCUGUAUGGCUAUGGUAGACCCUAUGGCUAUGGCUAUUGCAGCCCUUACUCCUACUGGUACAACAGGUAUGGACGUGGCAGCUGCGGGCCCUGCUAAACCCUGUGGAAAUAUCCCCUGCGUAAGGAAUAACCAGGAACUGAGAGAUACAACCUUGAUCCCCUGCAGUGGUCCCCAAGGAGAUGUUGUGAACUCCUGAUCACUGUCACCCCACUGCAGUGGAUCUGGGAUUACACAGCAUGUCCGUAAUUUCUUCACCCUCUACUCAUUGUCUUUUGGGCUUUUUUUUCCAUCUAUGUGUAUAACGGGCGGGAUAAAACAAUUCAUUAAUAUUCUUAUUAAAAGUCACUUCACUGUCCAACUGAAGAAGAAUAAUUAUGCAAAGAAUUGCCUGCACUCUGCAUAUUCCUGAUAUUCUGCAAUGUUUUUCUUGGAAUGUUUAUUGCUCAUUAAAGUGAUUCUACUCUGCAUCAAACAAAUCAAC